AUGCCCAAGUCAAAGGAACUUGUGUCUUCAAGCUCAUCUGCCAGUGAUUCAGAUAGUGAAGUUGACAAAAAGGCAAAGCGGAAAAAGCAAGCAGCUCCAGAAAAGCCUGUAAAGAAACAAAAGACUGGUGAAAGUUCAAAAGGUGCAGCUGCUUCUAAGCAAAGCAGUAACAGAGAUGAGAAUAUGUUUCAGAUUGGCAAAAUGAGGUAUGUCAGUGUUCGUGACUUUAAAGGGAAAGUCUUAAUUGAUAUUAGAGAAUAUUGGAUGGAUCAAGAAGGUGAAAUGAAGCCUGGCAGAAAAGGUAUUUCUUUAAAUCCAGAACAGUGGAAUCAGCUGAAGGAACAGAUUUCUGAUAUUGAUGAUGCAGUAAGAAAACUGUAAAUACAGAGCUAUACAGAAACCUUUAUCAUUUUAGUUAAGUGGUCUUUUUACAUUGGCUUUUGUUUUCUAAAGUAUUGUUUUCCAAGCUAUUGUAUAUUUGGAUUGCAAAACAAUUUGUAAGAUGAAUACUUUUUUUAUGUGCAUUAAAAGUGUAUUCUGAGUGAGGCUAUUUGUGUAUGCUUUAUUAAAAGGAAAUGUGUAGCUUUCACCUCAUGGUAUAAAAUAAACAAAUCAAAUAAUAUGUAAAGCAUAGGUGUUUAUGGCCUUUUGACUGAAGGUGUUUGCUGAUAAGGCCACCUAAUAGCUUUGGUCUUUGUUUUAGUUUCAGUUUAGUUAACCGUUAAUGUGAAUUUGUUUUCUGAGGAGAUUUCUUAAAAUGUCUCCAUUUAAUUUUCUUUUUCUUUUAUUUCAUACUCUUUGGUAUUGCCCUGACAGCUUUCUGCUUUAAGACUUGAUACAAACAAUGAAUUCCUGGUAAAACACAUUUUUGUAGAUAAUUUUAAAUACUGUAUUUGCUAAUUUACUGUAUUUAUUCAGAGUUAAACAGUCCUGAGUAUAUAGACUUUUUUGCAUUACUAGCAUGAAGUGUUAUGCUAAACAAUAACACUUGAACACAAGCUGCACACUAUUUCUUCCUGUUUUUCUAUAGCUUACUUGACUUAGAAAAUACAAUAAGCCUUUAUUCUUGGACCCUAGAUUUUAGAAUGUGAUGCAUAAACUUUUACAGUAAUAGACAUAUACCUCAGAGUAAGAUAGUAUUUAAAAGCUCCGAAAAUGGUUAUUAGUUAGGUACCCUUUUCAAGCUUUGCAUUAAAUUCAUUCUUGAACACAUACUGACUAGUUAGUCUAUAGAAAAGAACAGUUAACCUGUCUUUGUAGGGCUUUUGUUCGUUUGAGAGUAUUGUGUAAACAACGAUGCUUAAACUAGGCUGUAACACAGGUUACACAGUCAAACAGGGUUAAAAUUGCUUCAGCCAAAACAUCUGGCUAUCAUGCUUCCCUGCCCUGUCCACACUGCCUGCCCAAACCAUUUAACUUGGCUUGCCUUGUGUGGCUUACAUGUGCACAACUGUUUUAUCUUUUGUACAGAAGAUACUUAGUGCUUACAAUGGAGUGCUGGUACAUAGUGGAUCGUGACUCUAGUGAACUUCGCUUGUCUACCAGUGUACUAUUCUGGUAAGAGAAGCUUCUGUCCAGUGGAAGCUCUAUUAGACUAGAUGCUGCCCCAGUUGAAGGGCUUCUUGGUAGGUGUCACAAACUAUGGAAUGAAGAAGAGAGAAUGUGAUGGUUUAGUAGAACUUGGAGAAAUAAGGGGCAUGCCAGUACAGAAGUUAAUGGUGAAAGAUCAAAGUUAGCUGACACAUAAUAACUACAGUGAAGAAAUGUAUGUUAGCAGAAUUGGAGAAGGGUUUUUCUGACUUAAUUCAGUUAAUCGAAGGAAGAAGAUGAAACAACUUCAUGAAAAUUGACAUUUCAAGACUAUGUCGUGAAUGUACAACUUAUUGGUUCAGCUGUAAUUUUCCCAUUCGAUGUUAAAUUUAAUGUAUUUUUUUAACUUUUGUAUACAUAAACAGGAUUUACUAUUUGUUUAAUUUUGAAAUAUCUUAAUAUAAUUGUUUAUAUAGCAGAACAGGACUUCCAUGCAUGUCUGCAAAGUGCCAUACACAGACUUUUCCUGUACUGCAGAGUUUAUAAUUCAAUACAAAUGGGUAUUGAAGGGUGACUUCAUCAAAUUAAAUAUAUAUUUAAUUUAAAUAUUAUGUCAAAUACCUCCACCUGCUUUUUAACUUAUCCAUUGCUGACAUAUUUCAAAUAAAGUUAAGAUCUGUUUUUGCAUAGCUCAGGAAAUCUGAGUUUUUAAGAACUGCUUGAGGGUGAAUAAAUGGGUGAAGAGAUGUUUUGUGGUAGCAGCUGCAUUUUUGGGCACAACGUUCUUUUUUGAGUGACUCUUAAUGGCAUGUAGGGGUAUUUGGACCAAAUAGAAUAAAUAUGAAAUAUCUGCUAAAAUUUUCACAGAUGAAUGAAUGAAAUAAAUUGCUUCAGAUCACUAUCAACAAAUUCUAGGUGGUUUUUUUUUAUUUGCAGUAUGUAUAUAUGAUUCCUUUUUCCCUUUAAAUCUGAAAUUUUGCAACCAUAUUUCACCCAUUUUACCUCAACUUUCAUGUGGCUACUUUAAAGUGCAUGAUUAUCAUAAUAGAGGGAACAUUGUCCUCACUUAGACUACUGUGGUAGCAGGUCAUUGGAUGGCAGUUGUGUAUCAGAGUACAAUAUAAUUGUGUUCAGGAAGGUGGAGAAUUAAAUUCAUUCAUUUUGGGGGAGUAAGUGAAAAAGUUUUAAUAUAAUGAUUAGUUCUCUUGUGGAAACUGAUGGUAGAGAUGUUCGAAGAAAUUAGUAUUUGUUAACCAAGAACUAUUAGUUCCUCUUAUAGAUAACACCCUUGCUGAAUUUGUGAUGAUAAUUACUGGAGCUGUUUAUCCCAUUUUACUUGAGAAAACUUGGGGCAGUUUGAUUUUUACUUAGCUAGUGUGUUUAAAAAUAGUUUUCCAUCUGCCAGUUAUAUUUCUGCAUGUAAUAAUGAUAAAAUAUCAUAUAUUUUACCUGAGCCAGUCUUAACGUCUGCAUGACUGUCCUACGAAAAAGGUAACUAAUAAACUAGUUGGUUUCAUAAAUGAACUCAAAAUGGGAUGUGUUUAAUCGUGAGGGAAUUCAUUGCACCUCAGAUAACUGAUGUGCUAGUUACUUGAUAAAAAUUUGACACAUUCAAUGUUAUUUUGAAAUAAAUAGUUGAUAGUGAUUUGUCAUGUAAUUGUCUAUGGCUGUAGUCUUUCUAAUUUUGAGAAGAAAAUUCAGAUUUUUUUGAAUAAAGAUUAUUUUCUUGCAGACAAAAUGGUAGUUAGGGUACAUGUAGAAGUGUCCAUGGAAGAAAAUUGUGCAUGUAUGAAAAGACUGUGUAAUAUGAGAUAAAAACACUGCUCCCUUUCCCAUUGAAGUGGCAAAAGAAAGAUGCAUUUGAUUCUUGAUAUUUAUGCUGGGCAUAUUAGCAAUAUGUUUUAUAAAUUAAACCUAUUGUGGAGCUUAGGAGGAAAAAUACAUCACAGAGCUGCCAAAGUACCAUAUGUGUGCUAAAUCAAACUGUCAUGUACAAUGUUGCUCUUAUGUAGAGAUGUUCAAUAUGAAGUUAAACAAAUGCAGUACUAAGUUUGAUAUUUCUGUUAAAGGAAAUGCCCCAGUUAUGUACUUCAUAUGUGAUCUGUUAGCAAAAAAUUGAUGAUUGUAAUUCUGGUAACUCAAAUGUUGUAUUGUUAACCAUGUGGAAUGUUUCAUGUUUUGUUCUGGUGGUAUCUACUGCAGAGAGGCCACUGGAAAUAUGCGCCCUCCAACUGUAAUUAUCUUAAUGUUCAAAUAAAAAGUAGUUAAAUGGCA